GCCAAUGAGGAGAGGGGAGGGUGGCCGCGUCGUGCUCGUGCUGCCUGUGCCGUCGUGUUAGUAGUGGACGAGCGGGGGAGUGCGGCGUGCAGAGUUGUUCUCGCCGCGCGAGAGGAAGCAGAAGCAAAAGCUUGCGAGAAGAGGGUGGGGAGAGGGAGCGAAUUGAUUAGUGUCGCCACUUCUUCUCCACCUCCGUCCUCGCCAAUCCACCAUCAUUGCGCCACCGCCGCAAGAUCUACGACAGCGAGCUUUGUGCGCGCGCGCGAACCGAGGAGGAGGACGAGGGAGAGCGGGGAUGGCGUUGCUCGCGCGGCUGGGCGCCGUCGUGGUGCUCUUGGCGGCGGCGGCGGCCAUGGUGGCGGAGGGGAUUCUUGACCCCGUCGACUUCCUGGCGCUGCAGGCGGUGCGGAGGUCUCUCGACGAUCUGCCAGGCUCGUCGUUCUUCGAAGGGUGGGACUUCACGGCCGACCCGUGCGGGUUCCCCGGUGUGUACUGCGACGGCAACAAGGUGUCGGCGCUCGCGCUCGGCGACCCGAGGGCGGGGUCGCCGGGGCUGUCCGGGCGGCUCGACCCGGCGCUGGGACGGCUGUCCGCACUCACCGAGCUCUCGCUCGUGCCUGGGCGCGUCGAGGGCGAGCUCCCGGAGUCCCUCACUUCGUGCCGGAACCUCCGCUUCUUGGCCGUCAGCAAGAACCUCAUCUCCGGCCAGAUACCGGACGGCCUCGGCGGGUUGUCCAACCUCCGAACGCUCGACGUCAGCUUCAACCAGAUCUCCGGCACCAUCCCGCCGUCCAUUGCCACGCUGCCGUCGAUCACCAACCUCAUCCUCUGCCACAACCAUCUCGCCGGUAGCAUCCCGUCGUUCCCGGACUCGUCACCGCUCAUCCGGCUUGACCUCAAGCACAAUGACCUCUCCGGCGGCGUGCCCAGCCUGCCGAGCACACUCCAGUACCUCUCGCUCUCGGCGAACCGGCUCACCGGCACCGUCGACUCCGUGCUGCCGCGGCUCACUCGGCUCAACUUCCUCGACCUCAGCAUGAACCAGCUCGACGGCCCGAUCCCUGCGUCCGUCUUCACAUUGCCGCUGUCCGUGCUUCAGCUGCAGCGCAACUUCUUCUCCGGCCUCCUCCAGCCGGCGAACGACGUGACGAUCCAGGUGGUGGACCUGAGCUACAACCGGUUCUGGGGCCCCGUGUCGCCGCUCCUCGCCGGCGUGGGGCAGCUGUACCUGAACAACAACCGGUUCACCGGCGAGGUGCCGGCGCGGCUGGUGCAGGAGCUGGUGGGCUCCGGCGGGCUGCAGGUACUGUACCUGCAGCACAACUUCCUCACCGGCAUCGAGAUAUCGCCGGCGUCGUCGCUCCCCUCCAGCGUCUCUCUCUGCCUGAUGUACAACUGCAUGGUUCCGCCGGUUUACGCGCCGUGCCCGCUCAAGGCCGGCUCGCAGAACACCCGGCCGGCCGACCAGUGCCCGGAGUGGAGGGGCUAAUCAAAGCCGCCGCCGGCCUGCCGACGCCAUUGCCGGAUCGCCUCGGAUCGUCCAAGCUCAAGAAAACCGGAAAAAGAAUGGAGGAGAUUGCAAAUGGCGGUCUCCGAUUCUUUGAUUAAUUUGUUCAGUUACCAGUGUUCCACUGUGGAUUAAUUCUUUUUGGUUGGGGAGGAGAUAGUCACAGACAAGUAAGCGCCUUAAUAAUCUUGGGGUUAUAGGUGUAAUUUCUUUUUUGGUUUAGAGUAUGUUCUUAUAUCCUGCUGCUGUAUAGUUGCGUGAGUAGUAAACAUUGGCUCUUGAUGUUAUGUGAGGAGGCGACGAUCGAUCGAUGUACCGGAUGAUGAUCAUGACGGUGGUGU